AUGGUGAAUGACGCAGAGAGAGAGGUGCUCGGCAUUUUGGAUUAUGAUUUGCACUGGCCCACGCCGAUGCCAUUCGCGCAUAGACCUCUAGGCUCUGGCACUGAGGAAACCACGCUUGCACACACGGUAGAAAUCGUUCUCAUAAUAGCCAGUGUCAACGACGUUUUUGAACAAUUUCCAGUCCACAUUAUUGCUGCGGCCUCGUACAACCUGGGCUGCAAGCUACUCGGCACGGUUCAACAGAAGGGGGCAUCUUCGUCAUCGCAGUGGGCUUCCGGAGUCGGCUUCAACGCGCUGCGCGUCACUCGGCAGAUUGGAUCUGUAUUGCGGAAUGAACUCCUGAAUCCCUUUCCGUGGCUGAUUCCCGGGGUGGCGGCGUUUAGAAUCCGGUGGGCCAAGGUUCUACUCGCGUGUCCUGCAAAUGGUGAUUGGGACCAUUGCAAAUACAAGCUACAGGCCAGCAAUAGGUCAUGUCGCAACCAUAUCGGAAAAACCAGACUGAGAAAAUGGUCCAGACUCAUCCAACCAUUCUUGUAUGAUGACCACAAGACAGUGGAGCGCUUCUGGGAGGACGUCCCCCCUUUUCUUCUCCGCCGUCGCUACCACUAUGGACAGUCCGAAAAAAUCCACGCGCUCUGGUUAAAAGGACUCGAAGCAUUCCACGUCCACGUCGCUGACGACGUAUUUGUCGAAGGCCAAUACCGGCCGCCGACGCCGAUCAGCAUGUUACCAAGCCAAAUUCUUUUCAGCAUCCUCGCCAACCUUGACGAGAGAGCAGAUUGGUACCGUUGCAUGCUCGUAUCCAGAAAUGGGCAGGAACCACCAGACCCACGAGACUAUGAUGCCAUCUGCCAGGCCCUUAGCUGCGGGACCCCUUUUUCCACAUACCAGGACUUCAUUAGGAAGCUGACGCUAAACGCAGUCUCUACUAAGAUCAAUGAUAAAAUGAUUGAUCACAUUACCAGACAAUCCAUGCAUGCCAUUGCCAACACCUGCAAAGCGCUAAAAGGGCUGGCCCUCAUAGGUUGCAACAAUAUCUCCAGCGAGAGCAUGAUUGGCCUCUUUGGCAAAUGCAGCUUCAUCACAAUGCUUUCACACUGCAAGCGUAUCACUGACGAAGCAUUCGUGGAGCUGCCUGGCAGUCUAGAGUGUAAAUAUCUUGCCCGGCUUAACUUGGACUCUUGUGAAAACCUUGGCGACGCCGCCAUCCAGAAAAUUGUCAAAGUUGCCCCGAAUCUCCGCCUGCUAUAUCUCGGAAAUUGCCGCAACCUGACUAACGAUGCCGUUCACGCCAUCCGCAAGCUCGGAAGGAACCUUCUUUCCAUCGAUCUAAGUCGCUGCAGCCAAAUCACUGACGUGGCCAUCAAGGAACUUGCGCAAGAUUGUAGCGAUAUCCGCGAAAUAUACCUAAGAGGUCCUACGCAACUGACUGGCGAAUCGGUGACGUGUUUAGCUGCGCUCCAAGAGUUACGAACCAUAAUUCUUGAUGAUUGCCACAUCACGUGCCUCUUCAAACUAGAAUUGAGAGGAGUUCCAGGGCUAGAUGAAUGUGACUUCGAGGAUGAACUUACGCAGGAGCCAGAGGACGUGGGCAUAUUCUAUGGCAAGACCCUGUCUCAGGUUCAAGACUACGUCUGCAACUCACCACAGCUAGUUGCCGCCAUGCGAAGGUUGGAAUUGGACUGA